AUAUAUAUAUACACACAUACACACACACACGAGAUAUACGUGUGUGUGUGUUUAUUUUGACCUGGGAUCUGUUGUGAUGAAGGGUGGGCUAGAUAAUGUACCUAAUAAAGAAAAUUAUUAUGGCACUGUUUAUAAUAAUAUAUUAUUAAUAAGAGUUUAUUUAUAAGCCACCCGUCUGACUGGGCUCCCCCAGCCACUCUGGGCAGCUUCCAACAAAUCAAAACACUAAUGAAUUAUGUGACCCCUGCAAUCUAUGUGAGGGAAGGUGUGUGACAAGCGGUCCCAUCUGUCCUUCAGCGUCGGGCAAGAGGUUACGUUUUAGAGAAAUGAUUAGAUGACUGCCCUCCCGGGUUUGCGUGAAGCAACAGAGUUAUUCACAGGAAAGUUCCGGUCUCAGUUUGUGUUUAUUAUGUUUUUAUAAGUGUUGGAAGCCACCCAGAGUGGCUGGGGCAACCCAGUCAGAUGGACAGGGUACAAAUAAAUAAUUAUUAUUAGUGGUAGUGAUCAAGGCUUAUGUAGGAAUGAGUUGCUUGAAAGGCAGAAGGUUUUUAAUCUAGUUUUAUAUGCUACACAGGGGCAUGGUGACUGAGGCGAGAACAAUUGGCGACGCAGUGUUGUGCCUCCGGCCAGGGAAUCCUACUGGCAUUGCUUAAAUCCAGCAAGAACUUGUGUCUUUUUUGAGAUUGUGUCUAAAAAAACAUCUACAGUGCUGAGAGAUGUGGAACCAGGCUUAAGGACAACUGAGAAGAACAGCUAGACACUGAGGACAAUGAGAGUGCUUUGCUCCAUGGGUUUUCUGUAGCGGAGUUUAUGAUCAAUUGUGAAGACUGAACUUCCCCUUUGUGAAAUGGAAGAUUCCACACAAGCCUUAAAAAAGACUUGAGGGGGAUUAUCCUGGCACCAGAAGACCAUGCUGCCAUUUCUUUUAGUGGUGGCUAAGGCUGCAGGAACAUUUCACCCCUACCUUUAAGCAUAGUGGGGUCUGUGUAAGAAAUUGAAGAAAGAAGACUUUUUCUGGCUUAUCUCACUCUACUGUUUCUUCAAGGUGGAGUCUUUGAAGGGGGAGGGGGGUGCCAAGAGACCCCCCUCCCCCAGGAGAGAAGAACAUUAGGCUGGCCACCCUAUAUCUAUGGCAAUAUGACACCUUCCAGGUGACUUCUUGGAGUCUUGAGUCUUUCACAAAGUGGAUAAAACAUCUGCACACAUGUCAUCAUGGGAGUUGUCUUACACGCUAUACUUGCGCUUAAAAAUAUAAGGAGCUUUUUGUGCCUGCUUCUGAGAAAAAGGUCCAUGGUGGUAUUGUGACGCCCAUCGGAGGGGAAAGCGAGCACGAGAAGACAGGGUGGGGGCCUGCGCCUGUGAAGGAUGCUGAAGAAAAGCAACCUGGUUCUCUGGGGCGUGGUGCUUUUUGUGGCCUGGAACGCCCUGAUCCUCUUCUUCCUGUGGACUCGGCCUCAGUCCUCCUCUGACCACAGCCGCCUCACCGAAGAGGUCAUCCGACUGGCCCAGGACGCAGAGGUGGAGCUGGAGCGCCAGAAGGACCUCCUGCAUCAAAUCUACCGCUACAGCGCUCUCUGGAACAGGAGGAAGGCUACUGAAGCCAAAAGGCUCCACCUCUCAGUGGCGUCCUCCGCCCCGCCUUCGACAGCCGCCCCCUUGCCCCGUCGCAGCCAAAUCUCUCCAGACGCCGUCCUGCCAGUGCUGGUGAUUGCCUGCGAUCGCAGCACGGUCCGCCGUUGCCUCGACAAGCUGCUGCAUUACCGCCCCUCCAAGGAGCGCUUCCCCAUCAUCGUGAGCCAGGACUGCGGACACGAGGAGACCGCCAGGGUCAUCGCCUCCUAUGGAGACGCCAUCAUGCACAUCAAGCAGCCCAACCUGAGCGACAUCCCUGUGCCCACCGACCACCGCAAGUUCCAAGGCUACUACAAGAUCGCCCGGCACUAUCGCUGGGCCCUGAGCCAGGUUUUCCGGAACUUCAAGUACCAGGCGGCCAUUGUGGUGGAAGAUGACCUGGAAGUCGCUCCAGACUUCUUUGAAUACUUCCAGGCCGCUUUCCCGCUCCUGCUAGCUGACCCCACCCUUUGGUGUCUCUCUGCCUGGAACGACAACGGCAAGGAGCAGAUGGUGGACGCCAACCACCCGGAGCUCCUCUACCGUACGGAUUUUUUCCCCGGGCUGGGCUGGCUCCUGCUGUCCGACCUGUGGGACGAGCUGGAGCCCAAGUGGCCCAAGGCCUUCUGGGAUGAUUGGAUGCGACACCCUGAGCAACGGCAGGGCCGUUCGUGCAUCAGGCCCGAAGUGUCGCGCACCAUGACGUUCGGCCGCAAGGGCGUGAGCCAUGGUCAGUUCUUUGACCAGUACCUGAAGUUCAUCAAGCUCAACGACCGCUUCGUGCCUUUCACCCAGAUGGACCUCUCUUACCUCAAGAAGGAUGAGUACGAGCGCUCAUUCCUAGCCCAGGUCUACGGGGCCCCUGAGCUACGGGUCGAGGAGCUGCAGGGUAACCAGCGCCGGGAGCUGGGCACUGUCCGAGUGCAGUACACCACUCGCGACUCCUUCAAGGCCUUCGCCAGCCUUGGGGUCAUGGACGACCUCAAGUCCGGAGUGCCCCGUGCCGGCUACCAGGGCAUCGUCAGUUUCCUCUUCAGAGGCCGCCGCGUUUACUUAGCACCUCCUUCGGACUGGACAGGCUACGAUCCUAGCUGGAGUUAGCAGCUGACGACCCUUAAGCAUGUUGGACCCUGUUGUCAAAGGGGUGCUUGGAGUUGGGAGUGGGGGGCGGGGACAAAACUCUGUAUUUUUCUUUUCCUGUGUGGCAUUCGAGUGCAUUCCAGGGAUGAGGGUGGUUUUGUGCACUUAAAAUUAUGGGGUAGGAGGGGCGGGGUUGCGGGGGUUAUUCCGAUGCCCCAAAGAGGGGGUGAGGUGGAGCGUUCCGAGUGCUCUCUCCGUUCUACCCUCCAGUGCCUAUUCUCCUUUUUUUUUUUUUUUUUGACGUGGUGGUCUGUUCACUCAUUAGAUUCCUUGGUGGCUUCUCCAAGUCGGUGUGUUUUUGAGGUCAAAGCCCAUGCUAAACCAAAGCAGCAACCCUUCGAGGUUUUCCCAGCUUCGUUGAGCUCACGGAGGCCUGCACAGCUUGCGGCCCAGCAAGCCAGGUACAGCUCCGCAGGCACACAACAUGGCUUGAUAACUUCCCUGUUCCCCGUAUGCAGGCAAGCAAAAAAAUUGCUGACCUCCUGGUAGGUCGCUUUGCCUAGCUGGUGUGUUGCAUUCCGCCUGGUGGGUCGCAGUUUGUGCAGGCCUGAGCAAUAGGGAGGAAAUGAGGGCCUUUUCUCCCCUCUUGACUGCCUGUUUCUUUCUCAUAUGGACAUAGUUGAAUGCUAGCUUUGCAAACAGGAAACUCCUUUGGACGUUCAGUGAGUCCCUUGGAAGGACCACUUUUAUUGACCAUAUUGGCCAUUUUUACUUGGGUCUCCUGAAUAACUCAUUCUUGAACUGUGUUCGAUGGGAGGUAAGGUGCGUGCACUGAUAAAGGCGAUGUGAGGAUUGCUCAGGUGAGGCGAGUGUCUAAAUCUCCACUUGUUUUUACCUGGGUAGUAAGGAAACGGUGGCAUGGGGGGAGAUGUGCUUGGUUGCCAAAGGAGGUUCUUGUCAGCUGGUCCUUACUGUAAGCUAUGGCGACUGAAAUCCUGACGGGCUGGGCCAUUUCAGAUGGCAGGUGGGGGAUUAAAUUUGAAAACUCACCCACAUGAAAUUCCCCUUAUAUCUGCAAGGCUAGCAUGUCCAGGAGAAGGUCUUGGGCUAGCUUUUUCCGUGACGUGUGUGAAGGAGCAUUCGAACCCCCACUUAGUCAGAAAUGGUACUGUCUUGAGCACCUAUUUGCUCUCAGUUAUGUUUUGUGGCCACCAUUAUAUAAUAGCUACAUGACAUCUAAAGGGAGGUUGGUUUAAUUCUGGCGUGAUGCCACGUUCUCUUCCCAGGUUGAGUGAGGAAACUUGUCCCCAACGGCUGCCUUAAUUCGCCUUGGGUUUUGGGGGGAGGGGCGGUCCCUAAAUUCAGCCCCACCACAGAGGUGGCUUAUCCCUCAGUAGCAUUUCCUGCAACUGGUUGUCAUAUUAGCACUGAUCCACCACCAGGUCUGUGGGAGCAACGGGGGCAGAGGUAGAAUCCCCGAGUCAGCAGAACACACCAUGGGAUGAGCCCAGCCUUAUUUAGCAGUGCAGAAGCUUCUUUCCCCAUUCUUGCCUCUAGAAGGCGCUGCUGAGCUGCUCCAGGGCCACUAGAUAAAGCAUGGAGAAGGAGCUUCGGACCUCAUAUGGCCAAAAUUCAGACCACACCAAAGGGUAGUAUUUUGUUUGUUUCUUUGGAUGCUGUAUUACUUUUUGUCUUUUUUAUAUAAAAAAAAAACCUAUUCAAACUCUCCAUGGUGAAUGAAGAAAGAAAUACGGGCUUGUAUUCAACAUAGCACUAAGGAGAUGGUUCUGCCAAUGCAACUAUUUCUUCUGGUCCAACAGAAUGAUCUCCCCUGUCCUCCUCCAUCCCUGUGUGCUGUUGUGGGUUCUCCUAACCCUCUGGAGCAGAUAUGGAGAGGGCGUGGGGAGGAGAGGGGAGAAAGUCCUAUUGCGCUAGCUGGGAUCCUUCUGCUGGCUUCCAGUGGUUCCACAAUUUAGUUGAACACGGCCCCUUGUCUCUGUUUUGGAAUUCCACUUCAGUAAGGAAUUUCUCUCCUGCGGCCAAGUUCAGCACAAUGGGCGUGGGAGCCCUUCCUUCCGCAUCUCUUGUUUUCCUAGCUGGUGCAGAUGGAAGAACAGGAGAUGAUGCCUCGGGGGAAUGAUCUUGUUGCAUCUAUUUAAUUAUGUUUCGUUAGUACUUCCUUGAAAAAGCAGUAUUGCUACUGGGAUCGUGAGAGAAAGACGUCUCUUCCGUUGAAAACCCUGAUCAUGAGAUUAUUAUUUUCUUUUUGAAAGGGUGAUCCAUCUUGGGUUUCUUUCAGAGGAGGAACCUCUGUGAGGGGAUACACAUUAGUGAGGUUUGGGGGAAAAUAUUCCGUUCGAAAGGGUUUCACUUAUGAAUGGGAGAUUCUCCAUUGAAGGCAAUGGCCUUCUCUUCUCCCCUUGAAUGGGUACCUGUGGAAACUCACUGACAAGACCAUAGGAGGGUGAAAGAGAGCAUGCGGUGAUGGUGAGUUGCACUCUCAGUCGGUCCUGCACCCUUCUUUGAAAUUUGCUUGAAUUGGGGGUGGCAGGGAGACAUCAAGAUGAAAAUGAGGAGUAGCUCGAGGACUCUCUUUUAGUUUGGGGUUCACAUUCCUAGACACAAACUCAUCUUCAGUGCAGGGAAGGAAGCACCUUGAAAGAUGACCUCUUUGACCAGUGAAAGGCAGUUAGUGGGUUUGGGGGAAGGAGGAGCACAUUCUGUCCCUAUGCUUCCCCUUUCUGUCUUUGGGGACACAAGCAAAGGCCCCUGAAUUAGAAUGGGAAGGAGAGAACGGGUGAAGCUGUCUCCAUCCUCCCCCUUUUACCUUGCCUGUGUAUCUACCCUUCUUCCUCCUGUCCAGGCAGGAGUUGGUAUUAUCACCUACCUGUAGAAUUCUGAAGAUUCAGCCAGUGGGUGGGACACUGUUUUUAGGGAACUGACUCUACCUUUAACGCCAACGCAAGGGCCUGACAUUGAAGACUUUCUCUGUCCUUCCCACCCAACCCUUUGUUUUGGAUGGCACAGGUCUGUCCAUCCAAACCAUCUAUGGCCUGAACUCUUUCUUGUGGCAUGUGGUCUGUGUUUUGUGUGAACGUCCUAGCUCACAGUGCUACUACCUCCCUUUCCAUUCCCAGAGAGAGUGCUUCAGGUGAAGGGACUUGAGAUCAGCUGAGAUGGCAUUGGCCCCAGAAGAACGUUUUGGGUCAGUCGGGGAGAAUCCGCCAGCAUCUUCAGUUCCCUCCUUCUCUCCCAAGCUCCCUUUCCGCUCCUGGAAUGGUCCGUUUUGAAAUUCCAGCUGAAAGUAAAAAGCUUGUGAAAUUUUGGGGUGGUUGAACUCUUUAAGGUGUUUGCUAGAGAGAUGCUGUUUUUAAUGUCCAAAUUUCAAUUGGUGAAAUGUUUGAAGAUGCAAAAACUUAUUUUCCACAGCAAAAUAAAAGCCGGUCCUUUUCAAACAG